CAUAAGCAUGAAUAUCACCAUCCCAAGGCAGUAAUUGGGUAGUUUGUGCACAAUGGCCCACCGCUGGUCUCUGGUGCUGCUGCUGGGUGUCUGUCUCUGUGCCCUCACCCAUGCCUACAAGGAGUCCAAGAGUUUCAACUAUGACAAGGGUGUGGUGGAUGAGCUCUCCCACUGCCCCGGACGGUACUGUGGACGCACCAAGCUUGGGAAUGGGUCGUGGUCAGCCUGCGGGGCGUGUGAGCGAGGCCUCCGCCGCAACAACCGCAGCGCCUGUGAGGAGUGUCACGACGAGCCGGAGUUCUACGAUGUCCUCUACCUCGGCUUCAUGGGGCUGCUCCCUCUCACAUUCCACUUAGGAUGCAUUGACGCCGCAGCAAAGAGAAGAACGUUUACAUAUGAAGUCAUGGCUCUGUACGGUUCGGCCAUCAUGGAGGUGGGUGUGGCAGCCGUCGUGACUCUCCUCGUUACUGAACCUGUCGGCUCCUUCAAGAUCCGCUCCUGCAAAGUCCGAAAGUUGGCUGACUGGUAUCCUCUUCUGCACAACCCCAAUCCCAAUUACGAAGGAAAGCUGCACUGCACCCAAGAGGCGGUGUACCCCCUUUACUCGAUGGUGUUCGUGUUCUAUACUUUGUGUCUGCUGGUGAUGCUAAUCAUCCGCCCGGCACUCUCCUCCAAGCUAAUGCCAAACCGUGGAAAGUCUGCCAUCUACUCCGCCCUCUACUUCCUUCCUGCCCUGAUUGUGGUUCACGCUAUUGCCGCAGGACUUAUUUAUUAUUCCUUCCCGUACAUGGUCAUCAUCAUGUCGGUGAUAUCAAAUGCUGCCCACUUUGCAUUCCAACUUGACCAGUCCAUGCCCGGGCUGCUGAAGGGAUGUGUGCAAGAUGUUAGGAACCUGGUGAUCCUGUUGGGCCACUGGGGCCUGCACGCCUAUGGUAUCAUCGCCAUCACCCAGCUGACGGAGGGAGUGCUGCACGGCUCCCUGUGUGCCCUGGUGCCCCUGCCAGCACUCUUCUACAUCCUGACCUCACGCUUCACUGACCCUUCAAAUUUUGACUGAAAAGCAUGUCAAGGCAAAAUCAUUUACUUCCCUACUCUCAAAAAAGCAUCUGGUCAUUGCAAGGUGCUUAGCUUGUAAAAGAUCUGAAAUCCCAAUGGCUUUGCCUCCUCCUCCAGUGCCUUGAGAGCCAUCACCAGGAUUAUGGCUGCACCCCCGGCUUUGAGCAGCGCAGCGCUACACUGAUGCUACAAACAUUAGCUGCCUCUCCUCCCCUCAGCCUUGCCACAGCCUCUCAGACCAGCCAAGAGGUGGGCCAUCGAUGGGUUGGUCAGCAUCUACCAUUUUUAGCCCAGUGGUUACAAGUGUGAACAACUCCUAUAACCAAUUAAUUGUGCUAAAUAAAAAGCAAUGGUAAAAAACUUAAGGAUUUAUUAUAAUAAUUAUGGCUUGGUAAAAUGUCAUGACCUAACAGAGGUUGUAUUGAAUGAACUUUUACAUAUAAAGAAUAAUAUCCAAGUUCACUGUCAAGCAUUAUGACAAUGCUGGCAGGCUUUCACAACUCUUCAUAAUGUGACAGGAUUAGGGAAAAAUAGAAUUUUGUGAAAAUAGCAAAUUUACAACUUUCACACCUCUAGAAAACUGACCUAAAAGUUUGAAGAUGGUGUUCCCUGAAAGCCUCAGACAGGAUUACUAGCAUCGGAUUCUCUGGGAUGUUAAGACCAGAGCUUCACUUGUGGGAAAAUACUUCCAGUUAUUCAAAAUUUAGACUUGGGCAUCAGUUGAGCAAUGGUAAAAAGCUGUGCCAAUCCGUCAAAGGGAGUUCUAAACAGCUGUUGUGUAUCCUUUUUCCUAAAACAGAAGGAUAUGCCCAACACACACUUUCCACACCCCCUUUAGGUAAUGGCUAGUCUUUAUAACUCAGAGUUCAAUAAACCAGAAGUACGUAGUGAGUGUUCUAGUAACAUGGAACUCUACCGCUAACACACUCACCAUACCUGUGGCUCUCCUAUACAUUUCCAGUCCCUAAUGUCCACAGUAAUGCCAGUGAACAGGUAAUCUUAAAUAUUAAGCUAUCUCCAAUAGCUGUGCUAGUAUUUAAUAUAAAUUAAGCUACCUGUACAUCUAAAGUAUCUUCAAAAAGAGAUUUUCUUGUAAAAUAAAUGAACAGAGCUGUGUCACACUCCGUCAGCAGGUGUGGUGUUGACAGUGUUCAAGGACCUGAUUGCUGCAGCCUAUCACUGGGCGUGGGAGUGUCAAGGGUCACGUCCUCGAGUCCCUCACCGUGUUCUUCGGGAAAUGUUAUAAAAUGGGUAUUAUUGUUAUCUCAAAAUUCAGGCGUGGGGUAUGAAAACCUGAAUAAAACUAUAUGCUACUUUUGGUUUGAAUCUGAAGUAUUUCACUUAACUGAUUGGGAGACUUCCUCUCAGCCAAGAACAUUAAACUUUGACAUUUGUGUAGAGUUUAUCAUCUCCGUCAUGGAUCCACCUCGCAGUUAACGGCAACAUCAACAUUCUUUGUCAUUUAGUCCUCCUACUCAUGGUUCAGGGCCCAGUGCAUGACCAGCCUUUUCACAACAAGGCAUUUAGGGGUCCAGUCAACCUUUCAGAUCAUUUUUUCAACCAAGCAGAUCAGCUGAGAACCAACAGGCUCAAAUAUUCAACCGAUCACUUGUUAACUUUUGCUCUCACGCUGAUGAUCCAUUUAUUGAGGAUAGCUUUGACUGCACUGUCUUGAACCUUCUUAAACAAGGGCAAUGUGUAAAGACAAACGUUGCUGGUAGGGGUAAUGGCUGAUUCUGAAUGUAGUAAAUGAUCUGUCUCUAUCUGUAUUGUAGAUUAUUUACAAAAUAUUGACUACCUUUCUGUAAUAAACUUAUGAUUCAUGCAGGGCACUUGAAGUAGCCACAUCCUACAAUGGAAGUGUGGGAUAGCACUUGCAUUUCCUGUAACUGGGAAAGCAUUUCUCAGGAUCAGUCUUCAUUGUGGCUUCAGCAAGUCAGUAGUACCAGUCCUCCCGUGAACUAAAGGCACCUAACUGCAAGAAUAACCUUCACACUGCAACCAUGGGUAGUUUAUGGCUUCCCUCCUCUCCGACGCUCCCUGUCUCACACGGUUAGCCUCUGUACCUGCCGCACUGACAACACUAUCCAAGUUGUUACUGAUACAAUAUGAAAAGUAGAAAAUAGUUUUUACAAAUUUAUAUAAUGAUUAACAAAAACAGUGACUGUAUAUGAUGCAAGACAACUGUACAACUUUAUACAAUAAUAACAUAAAUACUGU